GAGGAGCGGCGAAAGGGGAGGGGAGCAAGGCCGGCGAGGGAGGACGCUGGGGCGGGCGAGGGGAGGCGGGGGUGGGGGUGGGGGUCCUGCCUGCUGGGGGAGCCGGGGCGGCCCCUUGUCCAGCCACCCCCACUGCCCAGUCCCGCUCCCGGCCGCGGCGGCUGCAACAGCCGCAGCAGCAGCAGCAGCAGCAGCAGCAGCGGCUCCAGUAUGGUGAGCGCCGCUGCCCCCCAGCCCCGGCCAGUAGCCCCCGGCCCGCGCCCGGGCCCCGGGGCCGGACGCCCCCCCAGGCCGCGCACGCUCAGCUAGGACCCGGCCGGGAUGCCGAGCUCUGUUGAAGAUGCACUGGACACCGGAACACGCCCAGCCCCUCAGCCAGUGGCCAGAGCAGCACCUGGACGUCUCCUCCACGACCCCGUCGCCGGCCCACAAGUUGGAGCUGCCCCCCGGGGGUCGCCAGCGCUGCCACUACGCUUGGGCGCACGACGACAUCUCCGCGCUCACGGCCUCCAACCUCCUCAAGCGCUACGCGGAGAAGUACUCGGGGGUCCUGGACUCGCCCUACGAGCGGCCCGCCCUGGGCGGCUACGGCGACGCCGCCUUCCUCAACGGCGCCAAGGGGGACCCCGAACCGUGGCCCGGGCCCGAGCCGCCCUACCCCUUGGCCUCGCUGCACGAGAGCCUCCCGGGCGCCAAGUCCACUAGCGGGGGAGCCUCCGGGGGCCUCGGGGGCUCCCCGGUGCUGGCUGGAAACCUGCCUGAGCCCCUCUACGCCGGCAAUGCGUGCGGGGGCCCGUCGGCGGCGCCCGAGUACGCGGCGGGCUACGGCGGAGGGUACCUGACCCCCGGGUACUGCGCGCAGACGGGCGCCGCGCUGCCCCCGCCGCCCCCGGCCGCGCUCCUGCAGCCGCCGCCGCCGCCGCCGCCGCCGCCGGGUUACGGGCCCCCCGCGCCCCUCUACAACUACCCGGCGGGGGGCUACGGCGCGCAGCCCGGCUACGGGGCGCUACCACCGCCCCCCGCCGCGCCCCCCGCGCCCUACCUGCCGUCGGGGCUGGCGGCGCCCACGCCCCUGCCCGCGCCCGCGCCGCCGCGCCCCGCGCCCGCGCCCUACGGCUUCCCCGACGCCGGGGCGUCGCUGAAGCGCAAGGCGGCCGACGAGGGCGCCGACGGGCGCUACCGCAAGUACGCCUACGAGCCCGCCAAGGGGCCAGCCGCCGACGGCGCCGCCUACCCCGCCGCCGACAACGGCUUCCGCCCCAAGCCGCCGGGGCCCGCCGACGAGCCGGCGGCCAAGUACGGAGGCGGGGUCCCGCUCAAGGGCCUGGGCUCCCCCGCCUACGGCGCGCAGCUCGAGCCCUUCGACAAGUUUUCGGAGCGCGCCCCGACGGCGGGCCCGCGCGGGGGCUUCCCGGUGCCGGCGGGGGAGCCUCCCAAGGGGCUGGACCCGGGGGCCCUGGAGCUGGUGACCAGCAAGAUGCUGGACUGCGGGCCCCCCGUGCAGUGGGCGGACGUGGCGGGCCAGGGCGCACUCAAGGCGGCCCUGGAGGAGGAGCUGGUGUGGCCCCUGCUGCGGCCGCCCUCCUACCCUGGCGGCCCGCGCCCCCCGCGCGCCGUGCUCUUCUUCGGCCCGCGGGGCGCCGGCAAGGCGCUGCUGGGCCGCUGCCUGGCCACGCAGCUGGGCGCCACGCUGCUGCGCCUCCGCGGGGCCGCGCUGGCCGCGCCGGGAGCCGUCGAGGGCGCGCGCCUCCUCCAGGCCGCCUUCGCCGCCGCGCGCUGCCGCCCGCCCGCCGUGCUCCUGCUCAGCGAGCUGGACGCGCUCUUCCCGGCCCCGCGGGACGACGGCGCGGCGGCCGGCGCGCUGCAGGCGCCGCUGCUGGCCUGCCUGGACAGCGGCUGCGGCGCGGGGCCCGACGGCGUGCUGGUGGUGGGCACCACCUCGAGGCCCGCGGCCCUGGACGAGGCCACCCGGCGGCGCUUCGCGCUCCGCUUCUACGUGGCCCUGCCCGACGGGCCGGCGCGCGGGCAGAUCCUGCAGCGGGCGCUGGCCCAGCAGGGCUGCGCGCUGAGCGAGCGGGAGCUGGCCGCGCUGGUGCAGGGCACCCAGGGCUUCUCCGGGGCCGAGCUGGGGCAGCUGUGCCAGCAGGCGGCGGCCGGCGCGGGCCUCCCGAGGCUGCAGCGGCCCCUCUCCUACAAGGACCUGGAGGCGGCGCUGGCCAAGGUGGGCCCGAGGGCCUCCCCCAAGGACCUGGAUUCGCUGGUGGAGUGGGACAAGAUGUACGGCUCCGGACACUGACGCCACCGCCCGCGGGUUGCCGCCUCCGCGCACGGGCGCCCACUGACUUGA